GAAGCGAUAGCACCUGCAAAAAACAUUAAUAAUUUCCUAAAUAUUAGUGUCACCAUACCAAAAUGGUGUACAUAGAUCGAAAUGGUCGAGUUCUGGAGAAGCGACCUUGGGACAUGGCCCGUGUAAUGGAAAUUUUUACGGGUCUAUGGCUAAUUGUCGUGCAUUUCUUCCGUACUCUUAUUGCACCAUUCAAUGUCGAGAACACUGGCAAUAACGGUAAUCGACGUGGUGGUGGUAGCAGUUGGGGUUCCGGUAGCGGUUAUGGAGGCGGUGGUGGCGGCGGAGGAGGUAGCUCUGGUGGAAAUGGAGGUCUACGUCCCAAUCGUCGCAUAGGCCGUGUAACCAAUUCAAUGGAUUGUAAUAUUCCUGGGGGCGGAUGAGCACGGUAAAGUGUCCAAGCAUUAUAUAUGGGUAGUGUUGCAAUCGCUUUUCUCCCA